CCUAGGUUCCCUGAGCAGCUCUUUGGCGCCGAGAGGCAACGGCGUGGGCCGACCUGCAGUCUGGAGCGCCCCGAUGGAAAUACACUGUAAGCACGACCCGUUUGCAUCCAUGCAUAGACAUGGAGGAGUGAAUCAGCUUGGGGGGGUUUUUGUGAAUGGACGGCCACUCCCAGAUGUAGUCCGCCAAAGGAUAGUGGAACUUGCCCAUCAAGGUGUCAGGCCCUGCGACAUCUCCAGGCAGCUCCGGGUCAGCCAUGGUUGUGUCAGCAAAAUUCUUGGCAGGUAUUAUGAAACAGGAAGCAUCAAGCCGGGGGUGAUUGGCGGAUCCAAACCAAAGGUUGCCACUCCCAAAGUGGUCGAAAAAAUCGCUGAGUAUAAACGCCAAAAUCCUACCAUGUUUGCCUGGGAGAUCAGGGACCGGCUGCUGGCAGAGCGAGUCUGUGACAAUGACACGGUGCCCAGCGUCAGCUCCAUCAACAGGAUCAUCCGGACAAAAGUACAGCAGCCCCCCAACCAGGCAGUCCCAGCUUCCAGUCACAGCAUAGUGUCAACAGGCUCGGUGACGCAGGUGUCGUCGGUGAGCACCGACUCUGCCGGCUCCUCAUACUCCAUCAGCGGCAUCCUGGGCAUCACGUCCCCCAGUGCCGACACCAACAAGCGCAAGAGGGAUGAAGGUAUCCAAGAGUCUCCAGUGCCAAACGGCCACUCACUUCCAGGCAGAGACUUCCUCCGGAAGCAGAUGCGGGGAGAUCUGUUCACACAGCAGCAGCUGGAGGUGCUGGACCGCGUGUUCGAGAGGCAGCACUAUUCAGACAUCUUCACCACCACGGAGCCCAUCAAGCCCGAGCAGACCACAGAGUAUUCAGCCAUGGCCUCGCUGGCUGGAGGCCUGGACGACAUGAAAGCUAACUUGACAAGCCCCACCCCUGCUGACAUCGGAAGCAGCGUGCCAGGCCCGCAGUCCUACCCCAUUGUUACAGGCCGCGACUUGGCAAGCACGACUCUCCCUGGGUACCCUCCACACGUUCCCCCCGCUGGACAGGGCAGCUACUCUGCACCGACGCUGACAGGGAUGGUGCCGGGGAGUGAAUUUUCUGGGAGUCCCUACAGCCACCCUCAGUAUUCUUCCUACAACGAUUCAUGGAGGUUCCCCAACCCAGGACUGCUUGGAUCCCCAUACUAUUACAGCGCCGCAGCCCGAGGAGCUGCACCACCUGCCGCAGCCACCGCCUACGACCGCCACUGA